CAACACGGACAUGAGUCAAAACACCAGUUGAUAGCUUCAGCUCCUGAAAUAAUUUUUCAACUGGUGUAAACACAUGUUUUGCAGUGGUGAUGAAUAUGCCACAAAAUGUUUUGUUUGUUAUUGUAAAGAAAACAUUAUUUUGCAAAAUUGGGCCGAGUUAGCGAACUAGUCGGUGGGAGAGCCAUUCAUUACAGCAAGCAAGCAAGCUCUAGCUAGCUAACGUUAUCUAUCAGUGUAGCUAGUGCAAGAGUCAGAGGCUUAAUUCAAACGCUGUUGUCAAGAAAACGUGUAUCCUUUCAUAUCAUAGCAGUCAGCUAGCAAGCCAGCCAGUCAGCAAAAUGAGGAUACGGUCGUCUGUUUUUGCCUGUUUUUGUCUCAUACUGGAGGUAUUAGGCAUUGCCUUGUUUCUUAGGGGAUUUUUCCCAGUCCCUAUCAAAUCUUCUUUUUCAUCGAAGAGCAAGUUGUCAGAUGUUCCGCCUGAACCAUUUACCGGGAGAUCCCUCAACUCUUCCAAAGUCCCGGACGCCCUUUUCAAGAGAGUAGUGAUAGUGUUGAUCGAUGCUCUCAGGGAGGACUUUGUGUUUGGUCCAAAUGGGAGAAAAUACAUGCCUUACAUCAGGCACUUGGUGGAGAGGGGCUCCACACACAGCUUUGUGGCCAAGGCAAGACCUCCUACAGUUACAAUGCCCAGAAUCAAGGCCCUGACCACAGGUAGUAUCCCGGGCUUCAUCGACGUGGUGAUGAACCUGAACUCCCCAGCGCUGCUGGAGGACAACCUCAUCUGGCAGGCCAAGGCAGCGGGCAAGCGGAUGGUGUUCUACGGCGACGACACCUGGGUGAAGCUCUUCCCCAAGCACUUCAUGGAGUACGAUGGCACGACCUCUUUCUUCGUGUCCGACUACACCGAGGUUGACAACAAUGUGACGCGUCACCUGGAUAGCACGCUGAAGAGAGACGACUGGGACAUUCUGAUCUUGCACUACCUGGGCCUGGACCACAUCGGCCACAUCAGUGGACCCCACAGCUCCCUCAUCCAGCCCAAACUAAUGGAGAUGGACGACAUCCUCAAGAAGAUUCAUGGCUCCCUCAUCUUAAAGGAGGCAGAGGGGGCGCUGCCCUACCUGCUGGUGCUGUGUGGGGACCACGGGAUGUCCGAGACGGGCAGCCACGGGGGCUCGUCUGAGCAUGAGGUCAACACCCCCCUGGUGCUCAUCAGCCCCGCCUUCAAGAAGAAAGUAGGGAUGGAGAAACCGUCAACAGUAGAGCAGGUGGACCUGACCCCGACACUGGCUCUUGGUCUGGGCCUACCCAUCUCCCAGAACAGCGUGGGCCGACUCAUCCAGCCCGUGGUUGAGGAGGCCUCGCUCAGGGACCAGCUGCGCUUCCUGCACCUCAACGGUCACCAGCUGAGCUACCUGCUGAAGGACAGCAUGCCAGCCUAUGAGAAAGAGGAGGGCUAUGAGCAGUUCCGUGUGGCAGAGAAGUCCCAUGGUAACUGGGUGAAGCUGGUGGUGGAGGGCAACACGUCAGAGGUGCUGACCAACAUGGGGAAGAAGGUGUUCAAGCAGUACCUGGAGGCCCUCAGGGCCAUGAGCGAAGCCCUCAGCAAGCAGCUGGGCAAAUAUGACAUGUAUUCCAUGGUGGUGGGCAUGGUCCUCGUCUUCCAGCUCCUUCUCCUCCUGCUGCUGGCCAUGCCCGAGGCACUGAGCAGUGCCUCAGAGGUGGAUCUCCCUGUGUCCUCUGCUCUGCUCUCGCUGCCCUUCUACCUGCUGUGCCUGCUCCUCUCCUCCGUGCACGUGCUGGUGUGCACGUCGGCCGAGAGCUCCUGUUACUUCUGCAGCCUCUCCUGGGGACUGGUGUUCGGGGCAGUGGCCCUUUCCUCAGCCCUGCUCUGCAUCCUGGUAUCCAUGGCAGCCAGGAGGGGAGCAAUGCCCCCUGGGAAGUCUCCAUCCCAUGGUGGUGUCAGUGGUGGGUGGUCUCUGUCGGAGCUGGACAUUCUGCUCCUGGCGGGCACGGCUGGCCACACCCUCAGCCUGUCGGCCAGCAGCUUCGUGGAGGAGGAGCACCAGGUCUGGUACUUCCUGCUUAACACCCUCUGCCUGGUCGUCUUCCAAGACGUCUGUCGCAAGUACUUCCGGGAGCGCCGUGCCAACAUUGGGAGCUUGGAGGACGAAGACUACCUCCUCCCCUCCAAUGAGGGGGACGCGGUUGCCUCACCGUUAGCUGAUCUGGGGGUGACGGAUGCAGGUUCGGAGAAGUGGCUUGCCCUGGCGACCCCACCGCUCACCCUGGCGUGUUGUCGUCUGCUGCGCUCGCUCAACCAGACCGGGGUACAGUGGGCUUACCUGCCUGACCUGGGACACUGGCUCAACAGCUUGGAACACAAGAUGGUGCUGUCCUUGUUCGCCGCCUUGUCAUUGGCUCUGAUCUACUUCCUGGUCCAGCGGAGAUGUUCCUGGGUGUCCAAGAUUGCCCUGGCCCUUGGCCUUCUGGGUGUCUACAGCUACCGGGCGGCAGUGGGCAACGUUGUGUUUCCGUGGCAACAUGGCGGUGGUAACAUGUCCAAGGGGACCGUGGAGGCACGCUUUGUGUAUGUCUUCGUCCUGGGCAUCCUCUUCACGGGCUCCAAGGACCUGUUGCGGUCCCAGGUCAUCACAGCCGAUGCCCGGCUGAAGAGCAGGGGCUUAUGGGAAAUCUACAGUGGUGUGGUUCUGUUGGUGGCCCUGUUGUUCCGAGCCCACAACCUGCCGGUGCUGUGCUGCUGCUUGCUGGUCCAGACUUUGAUGGCCCAGUUCAUCUGGAAGAAGCUCCACUACGACGCUGCCCAGACUACCAUCAUGCACUACUGGUUUGGACAGGCCUUCUUCUACUUCCAGGGGAACUCCAACAGCAUUGCCACGGUUGACAUCUCGGUGGGCUUCGUGGGACUAGAGAGCUACGUAGAGGCCCCGGCUUUCUUCCUCACCGCCCUCAGCACGUAUGCCGGGCCCCUGCUCUGGGCUGCCCACCUGGUUUGCUACCUCAGCUCAGAGAAGAGGAGCUCAGUGGCGGUCGGCCAUGGAUGCUACUGCUUGGCCCUUUUGCGGUCCGUGCCGGCGGCGGCCUACGUGGUGUUGGUCACAGCCCUGCGCUACCACCUCUUCAUCUGGAGCGUCUUCUCACCCAAGCUGCUGUAUGAGUCCAUGCACACACUGCUCACCGCUGCAAUUUGCCUCUUCUUCACCACCAUGGAGCAGAGCCGCAGCUCCAGCAGGCCCUAGGGAGCCCACCGCUCAGAGGGCUCUCAACUUUCAGGAAGGGGUUAAGGAGAAGGGCCAAAGGGAAAAGACUCAUGUGUAAUGGUGGUCCUGAUACUGUCCUAGUUGACUUCUGGAUACCCCACUCCUACACUCUGAAGGAGAAGGUGUGAAUGUACCUGCACUGGACUUCUAGGACUGCAGCAUUCAUUUGGGUGGCAGGUAGCCUAGUGGUUAAGAGCGUUGGACAAGUAACCGAAAGGUUGCUGGUUUGAAUCCC